UUUUUAUUUUUGUUGUUUUCCGGAUGGACGUCCUUUUUUCCUCUUCUCCCCCUUCUCUGCAACCCUGCGAAUCCCCUGCUUGCAGUACCGCACUACCACCCAACGAUGACUCAGAUCCAACGGUCGAAAAUCAUUCUCCAUCUCCAAGACCCUCCCUCAUCAACAGAAAGAAGAAGAAAACAAUUGAUAAAGACGCACCAUCGUCUUCUCCUUGCUCUGCUUCCUGUUCAUCUUCUAUUCAGAGAGGAACGCGCGUGCCAUUCAAACGCCGGAUUACUAGGGUUCGGUUCGGUCCGGUUCGGCGAUCUGAGGUUGGUGACGUUGAGUCCAUUGCGCUUCCUCUAGGAAUGUCCUUCGCGGCUGUUGUUGCUCAGGUUCUGGAAAGGAAAGAUGUCACAAACAAAAGUCUGUCUCCUGAUUAUCUCUCAGUGAUUUGCACUUCAGCUGUCAGAGAAUCUUUAGCCAAUGUUUUUGGAGACAAGUUUGAUUGUUUCGUGAGGAACUUUGAGAAAUCAUUUGGAAGCACCUUGAGGACUCUUAGAUUGAUUAAUGAGUCAUCCAAGCACAAGGAAAAAAAUCUACUUGACUCCAAUAACGUGGAAAGUUCUACUUCAGAUGAAACUUCAAGCAGAAGUGGAUGUUAUAUAAGCUCUUUUGAUAUAAAGGAUUCAAACUCAGAAGUUGACCUGCCUUGCAUUGCAACUCAGAAUCAAUGCAAUAUUUAUGAAGAGGUACAGGAGAAUAUCCAAACUGAUUCCAUGAAUCAGGAGCUUGCCAUUCCUGGACAAGUAAACCAACUGGCUUGUGUCACUCCAAGUUCUGUCCUAAACCAGUCAGUCCUCAGCACGAUUGAGAAAUCUGUUAUAGAGCAAGUUCGUUCUAACGACCUCAAGACAUUAGAGCUUGGUCUUACAAUGAAAAAGUUGAAAUUGAAAGAGAGACAGCUAGCUCUAAACAUUGACUCAAACCAUCUGGAGAGAUCAAAAUUAGCAAUGGGUAUAUCAAAGGCAUCCUUUAAAGCUGAAAAGUUCAAGAACCAACUGGAAGAUACAAGACAUGCCGAAUUGCUUAAAAAGUGCAUAGAUUGUCUUGUUGCUGGCUUGUUCAUCAUGACAUUCUUCCUUAUAUAUGGUGCUUAUAUUUAUUCUUACAAAAGGAUUACUGAUGCUACAUCAUCUUGUAAUCCUUCACUUGAGGAAUCCAAGUCUUGGUGGAUCCCAAAGCCAAUGGCAUCUUUCAAUUCGGGGCUCCACACUCUUAAGUGCCAGGUUCAAGUUAUGAGUCAAAUGAUGUUUGCCUUCUUGAUGAUUCUUGCAGUAGCUUAUUUGAUUGUACAGCGUUCAGCAAUUUCAAAACAGACAAUGCCAGUCACUUUCAUAAUGUUGCUGCUAGGAAUUGCCUGUGGUUUGGCUGGGAAGUUCUGUGUAGAUAUGUUGGGAGGAAAUGGCUAUCGUUGGCUCGUCUACUGGGAGAUUCUAUGCUUGUUGCAUUUCCUCUCAAAUGUCUUUACAUCGGUGCUGUUCAUCAUUCUUCAUGGACCUUUUAAUGUAUCUCAAGCGAUGAGACAGAGGCCACUGCUUCCUUACUGGAUCCGAAGAUCACUAUUCUAUUCUAUUAUACUUUUGAUUCUGCCAUUGUUGUGUGGUCUUAUGCCUUUCGCGAGCCUGAGCGAGUGGAAAGAUCAUUUCAUGGUGCUGGUUUUAGAUGCUGAUGGUGGAAGCUAGAGUUUGGUGAGCUGAGGUGGCUGCUUGUGAGGUUAUCCUUGGUCCACUGGGGACUAGUAUAUGUCAAAGUGCCUAUUUGUUGUCAGGCAAAUAAUUUUGUGGGAUUGGUUGGGGUAAUUUAUCAGUGUUAUUGUAGGCUGUGUUGCUUCAGUUGAUUUUCCAGCAGGUGUUUUCCUACCGACAAAAAAAGUGGAGGUUCAAGAGGCAUCAGUGAAGUGUAUUUUGUUGUCCAAUUAUUCUACUUUUUAACAUUAUUAAUAAAAUUAUGAAGUUAUGAAAAAUAGUUGCAGCCUUCUGCGCGAUAUAUGCUUUUUCUUUAU